CAUCAAUGUGAAUAGUACUUCACGAUGUCUCGAAAAAGCGUUGCCUCUAUUAUGUCACUUUGUUAGAAUCUAUUUUAUAAGUGACAGCUCAAUAUAUUAUUAAAUAUGCAUUCUCACGUGCUCCCCAAUAAGAGUGAGGAUGAGUUAACGCCGGAAGAAAAAUGGAGGGUAGAACAUAUAAAAAUGCACGAGCAGCACCAGGGUCACGAAUCCAUGCAUGUAGAAAUGCUGCUUAUUUUAUUAGUAACAUUAUUAGUAGCACAGGUUGUUUUAGUUCAGUGGAAAAAAUUGUAUUAUAAAUCAUAUCAGCUUGUUACAUUAGUCGCUAUGUGGAUUAUUCCUUUUGUAUUAUGUUUAAAAAAUCAUUGGUGGAGGUUUAUAUUUCUAUGGUUAGUGUCCUCUUGCAUAACUGGACUAAUAGUAAGGAAGGCUAUUCAGAAGCCUAUUGCUGGUACAACACCAAGAUUGGUAUACAAAUGGUUUCUAUUCAUUUACAAACUCAGUUAUGUGUUGGGUAUAAUUAGUUAUGUUAUUAUAUUAGCCACAUUUUUUGGCUUGAAUCUCGUAUUUGAAGUCAAGCCUCAGAUAUGGAUGGAUUUUGGUGUACUUUUAUUAUUUUAUGGUGUUUAUUUUGGAGUGUUAGGAAGAGACGUUGCCGAGAUCUGCGCGGAUAAAAUGGCUUCGCAAGUCGGAUAUUAUGUGCCAGGCCAAAUGCCUACAAGGACUUUAGAACCUGGUGUGUGUGCUGUAUGCGGGAACAAACUUUUAGUGUCAGAACACGAAGCUGGUGUAAUAGAGAAUACAUACAAGCUCUCUUGUGAACACGUUUUCCACGAGUUUUGUAUUAGGGGAUGGUGUAUUGUGGGAAAGAAACAAACGUGUCCAUAUUGUAAAGAAAAAGUCAAUCUUACAAAAAUGUUUCGUAAUCCAUGGGAGCGCCCUCAUGUUUUGUACGGUCAGUUGCUCGACUGGAUCAGGUGGUUGGUUGCUUGGCAACCAUUAAUUUUGUUUCUAGUUCAAGGUAUCAAUUGGGGCCUAGGCCUCGAAGUAACGGACAUUUCCAAUUUUGAAGAUGGAAACAUGAAUGUGACGGUUGAAGUAAUCUAAAUAUAAUAAAAUAAAUACACCGAGUCAAGUAAUCGUAGCACGCGUGAUGACAAGGGAACUGCAAGACGAGCGCUUAUUGGACGGGACCAGGUGCAAAUUAUAGGGAACGAAGCGAAUGACCAAAACCUAUAGUAACAGAGUUCAACAAAGAAAUAUUUUUAUAGGACAUGACCUUAAAUAUUGAAUUUUUCACGUUUAUUUUUAUUCAGCCAACAUGACGAUUGCGUAGAAAUGUAGCUGUAGCCAACACGGUAACGUCACGUAUUUCGACCCUGUUUUUCCAGUAUUCGCGAACCCACUAGUCCAAUUUAUUUUUUUUUACACAUUGUUUUCCUCUUAUGGUGAUCUGAUAUUUUGUUAAAUACCCUUAUUCAGUAUUUUAUAAUUUUAAAUUUUGUAUUAUGUACAAAAGGAAAUAAAUUUGUGUGUGUGUGUGUGUGUCGAGUGAGACGUUGGGGGUUGAAAUUUAUUUAAGUUUGUGUUAAAGUAGAUUCCCAAUCUAGGUCAUCGUAAUCGUUAAAUUAGUUUAUAAUUCUCAUUUAGUCCAAAAAAAAAAAAAAAUAAAUUUUACAAGAUGGUGGUCCUACUUUAAAUAAUUGUUUACAUUAUUAUACAAUUCUUGCGGCGUUUAAAAAAUAAAAAUUAUAAAGGGUUUUCCAGAAGGAGCUGUGGGAUAACGUAUAUUUACUUAUAGUGGACACUUGUAUUUUAUUAAAAAAUAAAAAAUCUUGAAGAUCUCAUUAGAAAAUCCUUAACAAGAAAUAAAUAUAAAGUCUUCGUUUUAUUAUGGAGGGUGUGGGUCAUCAGCGUUGCCUAGGGGCUACAAACCCUCGAUCCUUCCCUAGGAUCCGAUCUGGUCCCUUCCCGAGUGUGAGGUAGCAUAGUUUAAGGGAGGAUAAUCCAAUUGGACACGAACAGGGUCCAAUUCGGGACGCGUGUAGAGAAUAAAUAGAGAAAUGACAACAACUCCUUAUCAGUGAUGUUACUAAAAGUCUUUAAUUAACUCUCAUCGUUAUCGUAUAGCAAAAAACAACUUGUAUCACAUCAGGCAUUCAUAGGUACUUUCUCAGACCUUCGGACUCGGUAGCGAGAGCACCAGAUACAUAUAUAAAUAUCUAUUUGUACACUUACGACUAAAAUCCUCUCGCUAUUGUCGUAGGAGGGCCGUACGACGAGGGUUGGUGGAGGGUUGUGAACAGAGGCAAAGGUGUGAAACACUUAACAGGCCCUACAUAAAACGUGAGGAAGGGUGACAGAGGUGAGACAAAUGGAGUUUUGCUGUGUGUUGGAAAUUGAGACGCCACAAUAUCGACGGGAACUGACGGGACGGGUCAAGGGGCAGACAAUCACAAACACGGGGAAAUUUUAUAGAUAUAUUUAUUGAGUACUUAGCGUGUAAGAGUAUAGAAUAUAUGUUACCUUAUCGUUUAAAUAUCAUUACAUGGUAUCAUAUAUAAUGACGUAUUCUUUAAAAUAAACCACGCGCGGACAGAUUGCGCGCUUCCGUGUCUGUGUGUGUAUGUAUGUAUGCGCACGUGUCUCGUGUCUGCGUUCAAGAGUAUUUACAUAAUGAUCGCAAUUAAUAUGUACAAUUCUCCGCGAAAGGGACGAAACGGAAAAGAGAAACAAACAAUUGAUACAGAGGAACGGACAAACUGCGAUUAGGGCCCGUGAAACGCGGCUCGACCGAGAGGGGCGUCCCAUGGAGGCCUUCCUCUUGCAUUCAUCCGUGCUCUGUCGGUCGACGACAUCGCGAGGAAGGAAUCACUGUUCGUAUUCACUUCGAUUCUAGGAGGAUGCCCCGCGUGGUAAACGUCGGAAACAUUGGUAGACUGUUUGACAGGUGAUUCUAAACCGUAACCGUCGUUUACACUAGACACUCUACACUUAACUUCAUUUCGUACGUAGAUUACGUUAAAAAUUGGCUACUGCGCGUACUUGGAAUGGAGUUGGCAGUAUUAUUGUUUUAAUUACUUCCUGAUCGUGGUGAUUUGAUUUGUUCGUGCAAAAUUUAAGGUGUUAAUCUUUCUUAGGGAAAUUAACGAUUUGCAUCGUGGUUGAUGUUGAGCCCCCUCAGGCGCCACCAUUGUGAAAUUUCUGAAGAUUUAUACAAUAAAGACUUUUGAUAAUAAAUGGAGAUCGACUCGUGGUAUAGAUAAACCUGUUCAGUUUGGAACGACCUGUAAAACGUGUGGGAAAAGUUUGUUUACCCCGGGCCGGGCACCCUUGUCUAUCUCUACACGAAAGCAUAAAGGGCACUAUCCAGAUGAGUUCUCGCGUUGACGCAGGUUGUACGAAACUAUCGUUAACACUAAUUGCGGAAGGUCCACUUGAAAUCAUAAAUAAACGUUCAACGAUGUUUUCGUCGACCUUGUUUCACUGUCUUUAACUUUGAUCAACUGGUGAUCAUCAAUCUUAUGAUCUCGUCAACACACAGACUCAUCUUAGCGACACAUCCAAAUACGAUUGAAAAUUUUCCAUUAUUAAAAUGUCCAUUAUUAAAAAUUCUCUACCAGUUAAAUAACAUUUCUAUUCACGAAUAAAUAAAUAAUAGUAAAAGUAAUGAAUCUCCAGCAAGUUACACUACAAGUGUCGAUAAGUAACUUAAAACAGGUGCAGACGCGAACGAACGUUGUGAGACACAUAAGAUUGGAAAAAAACAGCGUCGAUGAAAAUAGUUACGAUAAACGAGUUCGUCGAUGAUUGCAAGUAGACCCUAAUUGCGGAUACCCUAAGGAUCAUCGACGUCAGUGUCGUGUGUCCGAUUCACUUUGAAACGCGUCGACCAUCGUGUCUCGUGAGCAAUAGAAAAAGUGUCGUAAUUCCGAUUAUCUCGUCUGUUGUGUCGAUUCAGUUCGCAGCGAUCGACGAUGUAAACGAAACGGGAAUCGGAAUAUUUUCGGUCGACGACGCGUAGUUAUGUACAAAAAGGGAGCGACACGCAAUCGUCGCUGGGAAAACGGGAAACACAACGAGACACCGGCUACGAACAAAUAUUCCUCGUCACAGGUAUGGGCAAAAUUUUCACCUAGUUACAAAACUUCGAUUAACGAAUAAAAGAUGAACAAUUAUUUAUUCAUCGCUGAAUAAAUUCUAAUUUUUAUCUAGACGAGUAGAAUUUAAAUUAUUAAAUGAAAUAGCUGGUAAAUUUCAUCGUUCGAUCGAACACCUGAAUGAAUAAUUUUGUAUUAGUUAUUCGUUAUUAUCUAUUAAAAAAUUCAAAUAUUCGUUCGUAAUAUAUUAUGAACGAACAACAAUUUAAUUGUUCAAUUGGAUAAACGUCGCGAAUAAAUAGUUACGUGUUGGAUUUAUUCGUUACUCGAAUAAAAUUUUGCCUACUCCUGUCAUGACGACGCGAAGUGCCCGAAUUUCGAUCGUUACUAAACAAAGAAACGCGUACAACUUCUCCCCUCCCCGGCUAUCGUUUAACACAAUUUGUUAUAUAUUAAUUUAUCGUAAUAGCUCUCGCUCUUUCUCUCUUUCUUUCACGCACUCUUUCUUACGUUAUGCUGUGCUUUCAUCUCUCGAUAGGGAUGUUCGAUUCCGAAUAAACUUUCUUAAAAACCUUGAAUGCAACCUUAAAUCGGUCACAUAUGAUAAAAAAUACUUUUAUGUUAUACUGUACAGUAUCAGCCAAUUGUAGGAAAUAUUCGUUUCAGCAGAAUGAUCAUUUAGAAGAUUUAGAAUUAUUAAGUUCAUCGCCAUUAAAUGGUAAUGAAUUUAAUGGUUAAUCAGCGGUAAUCAAUUUACUUAAUUAAACUUAUAUAUAAAUAUGUAAGUUUAACUUAAAGAUUUCAAAGUAUAGAUAAGAUAUAGUCAAGCCUCUUUGAAUCGAUUUUUCGAAUCGAUCUUCUAGGGAAUCGAUUCUAGUCAUUUCGAUUCGAAACCGGUUUUGGAAUUAAUUUUCUUACAGGAAUCGCGCAACCCUACUUUGAACUCUCUCCAUCUCUAUUUUUUCCUCUAUCUUUCUCUCUUCACCAGACACAUUAGAUUCUUUAAGACAUACACGAUAGUUAUGAAGUAUUGCUUUCUUUUAGUCACGAGCCGAUCGCGGUUCGCCCUCCAACCGAGUCACAGCGGACGGUUUCCCGUCGACGGCGAAGAUUCGUGUCGAGCGUAACAAUAAUAGAUCUCGCGCCUUCGAUCGCAAGAUCGAGCCACAGUUAGGAUUCUGAGACUUCCAGGCGGAAACGGGUUAAAAUUCUUAUAUUGAUACAAACUUCGAACAACGAAUAAAAUAUACUGUCUUUUUACAUGUUACUUGUCCAAUAAAAAUUAAAACUUGACUCGCAAAAUGAAGUAUUUCGUUUGAAUUUCAUCCAUUUGAAUAAAGUUCCUAUUCGUAAUCUAUUACUCGAACAAAAUUCUUCCCUUCUGUGUUCGUACCCCCUGAUCUCAAACAUAAUUAAUAAUUGCCGAUUCGUUUCCAAAGGUGGGCAAAAUUUUACCCGAAUGAAUAACGAACAAACGAAUAAAAAUAAUCAAAA